GGCUGCAACAUGCCUGCGCCUCUCCACCGCAACCCGACCAGCCGUGCCAGCGUCCGGCUGCGCCAUUAUCAAACUUUUCUGUACAUUUUCACGUCACCUGGACGCGAAACAUAAAUUUGGCAUCCUAUGCAAAUAUAUGCUGACGUAAAAGAUCAUGUGGUUUUUGUCGUCGAUCCCCCCUAUGAGCAACGAGGAGGGUUUUUUUUUCUCCUCUCUACUGUUGUCUUUAGGUUAGCUAUGCUACAAUCUUUACUGUACCCAGCGCUAGCUAUAUGCGCCCCGCACCGCACCACUCUGGAUAUCUGGGAAUAAUCAACUUCCAGGCUGUCGCUCCCUGCACCCGGAGACUACACACAGAUUCCACAGGAGAUUACCCAGAGUGCCGCUGGCCUGUAAAUCAUCCAGGAGGGAGAGCGAAGAGAGGGAGAGAGAGAGAGCGAGGAGGACGAGGAGGUGGAGCCCCAGCAAGACCCCCUUCCCCCUCUAGUGAAGCCCCUCCCCUCCGAGGAAGUGCACUUGAGCGCCACUGCUAUCUGUGAUGCCCUCCCAUGACGCCCAGGUCGGUAGCUGACACUGCCAGUGAGCGGGAGACGCCACUGCACAACCGGUCUUGGGCCGGCGCCGUCAGCCGCUUCACACCCUCCCUCUUGCACGCUGGAGACUCCACCUCCACCCACUUACCAGUAUCCACAACCAUCAGCUCUGACCCACCCCAGUAAGGUCCCCGCAAAAACCGACACGCUGUCGUCCUCAGCCAGCACCAGCAGCAGCAGCAGCCAAAAACCACAGUAUCGUCAACGCAAUCAGCAACACCAGCACCACCAUUGUCACCAAUACCAGCAGCAGCCACUAUGUCCAGUCGUAGAAAGUCCUCCACCCCCUGCAUGGUCCGGGUCAUCAGUGACCUGCCUGAAGAGCAAGAUGACCCUGAGGAGGUAAUGGACAUGGAAAUAUUGGCGGACAACAAUGUGACCGAAAAAGAAGAAGCAGAAUCCUCUGAAUCUGCAGAACAGAGUCGUCGAGAACCCCAUCAGGAGAAUCCAGUGAAUCCAGACCAGCAGACAUUUCCAAAACCAGUGGAAAACCAGAAUCCUGAGCCAUUAGAACAAGAAGAGCACUUGGGUAAAAAAGAUCAACCCCCUGUCAUUGAAGAUUUAGAAGCCAGAGAUGAGAGGGACAGGGAAGGGGCUGAAUCUGACCCGGCGUCCCAGAAAAAGCAACCCAGAGGUUACGAGUGCAAAUACUGCCCAUUUUCAACACAGAACCUGAAUGACUUUAAAGAGCAUGUGGACUCCAGCCACCCUAAUGUCAUUCUCAAUCCUUUGUACCUCUGUGCUGUAUGCAACUUCAAAACUAAGAAGUUCGACUCGCUGACGGAGCACAAUGAGAGCCAGCACCCCGGCGAGACAAACUUCAAGUUCAAGAGGAUAAAAAUGAACAAUCAGACUAUCUUAGAGCAGACAAUCGAAGGCAAGGACAAUUCAGUUGAGUGCGAAGUGACAAAUGAACAGGGUGAAAGCAACAGCAGUUCUAUGUUUCCACCUUGCAUAUCUACCACAUUGAAAACCCCUGACAAUAUCCGGUCGCUCUAUCAAAGGAGCGAACUGAAAAGCCAGCUUGAUGGCCUGAUCCAGAAGGAUCAAAUCACAGCCGUUAACAUCAACGGCACGGUCAUCAUCCCUGAACCCACGAUCCUCCAAGGGCUCUCCCAUGUCACCCCGAUGCUCCAGCGCCCACCCAACUUUAACUCUGUACCAAAAAUAGCUGUUCCCUUGAACACCACCAAAUAUAACCCUUCUUUAGAUGACAACUUGACAUUGAUCACCUCCUUUAACAAGUUUCCUUACCCAACACAUGCUGAGCUUUCAUGGCUGACAGCUGCCUCCAAGCACCCGGAGGAACAGAUCAAAGUCUGGUUCACAACCCAGCGGCUGAAGCAAGGCAUCACCUGGUCCCCAGAGGAGGUGGAAGAAGCCAGGAAGAAGAUGUUCAAUGGCUCAAUCCCUCCUGCCCAUCAAACGUUCACUGUCCAGCCUACAAGCUGCAUCCCUCAGCCAUCUGCCAAAUCCUCCCAAAAGUCCGUUGUCCACACUACAAUUGGGCAUACAAGUCAUAUCCGGACAAUUGCGUCCAAUGGUUUAACCAUCACAAACUCUCCUGCUGGAGUUGCUAUUGGCUCCAGCCUUAACGGUAAACGAUCCUUGCCUACACACCUGACGACAGUGUUCGGCCCGGAGUCUAAGCGGCCCAUCAUGGCAGUCGCCCCCCAUUCUGGUGACCCUAAAGACAGAGGUCUCAUGGCUCCUCCUCCACCCCCUCCUCCUCUAAAAGACCGCCUCCCAAUGGCUCCGCCUCCUGUUCCAAUGGAGAUGAAGAGACCUGUAGCAGUUCCUCUGGUCACCAAAGAGAUGAAGAGGACAUCCGCUACUGUGCCUUUAAUGCCACCGCCAUCAUCGUCGUCAUCACCAUCUUUGUUGUCCAAAGGGAAGAUUCUGUCAACGUUAGGUAGUCCCAAAACAAAGCCAGUGGUGUCGUUGCCCUCCAUAGUCUUUCCAGAGUCUUUAACGAGACCACUGAUAGUACCCCCGCCUAUCUUUGCCCCUUCAUUUAAAAGCCCAUUACUUUUUCCUCACAGUUCGCCACUCACUUCCAAAGAAAAGCACCCGAAUACCCACCCUUUGCCAGCUACUGAUUUGAAGCUGCCAAACUCCCCUCCAAUUGUUACCCCGCAGAUAAGGAGGCCACCCAUUAUCCAGUCCAUUCGCACUCCGGCUAAAGCCACGUCUCAGAUUCCAGGAUUCCUAUUGGAUAGCAAGAAACUAAAAGAGCAGCAAGGAGUAGAGCUAAAAGCCACCUACCCCAGAGGAGAUAAGGUACUCACACCUCUGGCAGAGGCCAAUGGGACAUCUCGCACAGACGGCAAAUGGCUCCACAAUCAAACCUCCCUUGCUCACAACAAUGGAGUCAUACAUAUGGAUGGUGGUGAGCCACCCACAUCUCUGAAAUCAGACUUUCAGCAAAAGUCUUCUGUGCUUACCCAAUUCCCCUUGCUGGAGAGAAUGAAAGGUAAGACAGCAGAACAGCUAAAGAUCUUAGAGGAGAACUUCCUGAGGAACAGCUUCCCCACCCACAGCGAUGUGGACAAUCUGGCAGGCACCACCCACCUGUCUCACCAGGAAAUCGACAGCUGGUUUGUGGAGCGUCGCGCACUACGCGACAACCUGGAACAAGCCCUUCUCAACUCCAUGGGCACUAAGAGGAUUGGCGCCAGUGGCAUCACCAAGAAACGGCUACAUCAGCAGCAACAGCAACACCAAACUCUACAGCUGAAUGGGAUUCACAAGCCAGGCACCGGUGUGGGCCAUCUUAAAAGCCCUCUUCCACCCUCACAUACCCUGCCCAUCAUUGCUCCCGGCGCCACUGCCCCCUCCAUCCCAAACCAGAAUUCCUGCUCUGUGCCUCCAGACAGCCGAUCCCUGGCACUCCUCAAGGACGAUUUUGCUCAAACACGGUGGCCUUCCCCUGAGGAGUUUAGCCAACCGGAGGGUCGGACAGGACCGGCUCGCACUGACCUUGGCCGCUGGUUCAAUGAUAACCGGCUGCAGAGUGGCAGCAUGGCGCUGACAGAACUUUUUCAGAACAAUGGUGUGAACGGUGGGCAGGGGACACCUGUGUGCUCUCCGGAAAACGCUCCCCCCGGCAUUAUCCAGCGCUGUCAGGACGGAGCCCUAACAAACAACAACAACAGCACCAGUAAGAUGUUGGAGGUUGAGUUGGGCUGGCUUAUGGAGCAGCGCAACAGCCUCAGCAGUCAACAGCACGAUGAGUUCCAAGACCGGUUUGCUGGCAGACUGACGCAGCAGAACACGGCGGAGUUAAAGAACGGGGGACAGAAUGGGGGAGUCGUGGGAGGAGCGCGGGAGGUGUUUGGGAGCUGGCUGCAGGACGGACACUCGAGGAGAGGACGGGAGCUGCACCUGGACAGAGAGAGGAAGAUGGCGGAGGACAAGUCUGGGAGGCUGACUGGAUAAACGGUGAGAGAACGGUCGUGUUUGGUUAAAGCAUUCUAUCAUGGUGCAUUGUCGUCUUAUCAGCAGCUGUCCUUGGGUUUCUUUAUUCUACUUCUGAUCUUCGCUAAAGGCUCUGAGGUCCGUCGUGUUACCGGCGUUUUUGUGUUUUAUUUUUGUGGAUGAUGUGUUACAUUUUUGUAUUGUGUGGUGAGAAAAUGAGAAAAUGUAGGAU